UAUGUGGACGAUCAAACCUACGUUCAUCUUUUACCUCGUGACUGUAUUGCUGUUCACUUGUAGCAACAUCGUGUAUGGUAUCAUCGAAAUGGGGAAUAAUAUCAAAUUGACGUUUACACUGUCAACGAUCCUGCUCUUCACCAACAUCCGAUUCAAAGCACUGUUCCUCGUGUGGAUCAUCUGUUUCCAAGGAGAGGUUUUGAAGAAUACGGAUCUGAAAAUCAAGACGUUGCUUACCGAAAUAUCGUUGGGAAUUGACGACUUCAACCCCGAGAAGCGAGUGGCUACCAAGUUCCUUCGCUACCUGGAGAAGAACAGGAACAAGCUGCGGAUGUGGAGGAUCAUUAACAUUGAGCUGCGGUUGUCCUGGCUCUGCUUUAUGAAGUUGUUCGACUUCACGCUGCUCGUGAUACAGUUAGCUCAAAUGUUUUGAAUAUAGAACUUUCGGUAUUUCCUGGAGAGGUGAAGAAGUUACUUCACUACCUUAGGAAAACUAGGAACAAGUUACUACGGUACCUGAAGAAAAUUAGGAAUAAGUUACUACG